AAUACGUACGAUUUAUUGUGGACACAUGGUAAACAUGCAAAUUAUAUUUGCUUUUCACCUUAAUCAAAAAUAUAUCUAUAUAUGUCUGUGCAGCAUACAUUAUUAUGGUUUUCUAUAUUAUGAUAAUAAAGUGUGAUUUUUUUCACACCUAUAAAGAAUGUGUCUUCUUUUUUUUUUCAUUUUUAAAAGCACACUUAGCAACAUGUUUCAGUUAAUUAAUGCAUUUCAUACUGUUUUAGAUAAAUAAAUUAAUCAUUACAGAGAGAAUAAAGGUUUUCUCAACCACCCUUGUGGUCCCAUGGGCUCACAAGUUCCUGGCAGCGCCACAGUCGGCCCGUUUCUCAUUAUAGAUUAAGCAAGUUUGGACUCUUGUACUUUGUCAGAACAAACUUGGUAAGUUCGGCUCACGAGUGCAUACUCCAGAGAACAGGACUUUUAUUUUGUAAUUGGAACUGCUGUGAUCAGUAGAGUAGUAGGUGCAUCCUUAGAUGCAUUUCCACAAACAUACCCUACACCCGCCUCACAGGGCAGACAAACCGCCUUUGUUUGGUCCAUCGCUCACCAGCCUUGCUGUAGUUCACAGGGAACCCACAAUAUUCCCACACUUAAUCAGAGUUUCUGUAAUCAGGAUUAAAACUAGUUUUAUAUACUCUGUAACAGCAUGAGAAACACAAAAAAGUUGUUUGUAUGUGUAGUUAAAAGAAACUGUGACUUAUCUUCAUGGUGGAUGUUAUGUGUUUGGAUCUGCUGUCUGCAGGUGCAGCUUUAAUGCUGUAUUUUGUGUGUUUACUCUCUCUGAAGUUUGUCUCCAGAAGGUAGCUGACUUUGUACCUUCCUUUGCCCAUAGACACACACACAGACACAAGGAGGUGGAGCUGUGUUAAUUAGUGCUGACGCUUUUUAAAAAUAUGGCGAAAUGAAAAAAAAAGCUUCUUCUGAUUUGUCACUGAAAAUGUUUGAUAAUUUCCUCUCCUCUUUCUAAUAAGGUCAUAGUGAGUGUGAUUGGCGGCUGUGGGGAAUCUCUCUCUCUCUCUCUCUCUCUCUCUCUCUCUCUCUCUGUCUCUCUGUCUCUCAGGUUCUUGAGUCUUAUCUGGCUGAGUAGAGGAUGUUGUUGGAAAGGCAGUGAAUGGUAUAAAUUCCUUUAUCCUCGAAGAACUUAACUACUUUCUCCACAUCGGGCCGGGGAUUGUCAUGCACCGUGAGAAACCACGGACUCACUGCGCCAGCGUAGGGUCUUACAAUGGGUUCAAGGAUUUCAUCUCAAUACCUAAGAGCAGGCAGGACAGUGUGAGGUUGGUGGAUGGUGGGAGCCGCUGUGCUGGGAGAGUGGAAGUUCUUCAUAGAGGACAUUGGGGAACAGUUUGUGAUGAUUACUGGGAUAUGAGAGAUGCUGCAGUGGUGUGUAGAGAGCUGGGCUGUGGGGAAGCCAUAGAUGCACCACGGAGAGCUCGCUUUGGAUCAGGAUCAGGACCGAUCUGGGUGGAAUAUGCUAACUGUGCUGGAUCAGAGUCUUCACUGAAGAACUGUAGGUCGUAUGAUUGGGGUAGACAGAGAUGUAAUCAUGAUGAAGACGCUGGUGCUGUUUGUGCAGACAGUGUGAGGUUGGUGGAUGGUGGCCAUCGCUGUGCUGGGAGAGUGGAGGUUUUUUAUAACAGAACAUGGAGAUCAGUGUGUGGUAAAAACUGGGAUAUAAGAGAUGCUGCAGUGGUGUGUAGAGAGCUGGGCUGUGGGGAGGCUGUAUUUAAAAAUGUUCAGUUUGGACCAAGAUCAGCCUGGAUGGAUGAUGUGAACUGUAGUGGAUCAGAGUCUUCAGUGAAGCACUGUAGAUCAGCUGGAUGGGUGGAACAAAUUUGUAAUCGACUUGCUGGAGUCAUCUGUUCAGGGGUCAGAUUGGUGGGCAGAUCUCGCUGCUCUGGGAGAGUGGAGGUUCUUCAUGGAGAGAGCUGGGUCACAGUGUGUGAUGCUGACUUUGACCAGCAGGAUGCAGAGGUUGUGUGUCGAGAGCUGGGCUGUGGUUCUCCUGUGGAGGUUCUGGGAGCAGCUGCUUUUGGUAGAGGGGAGGGUCAGGUGUGGUCAGAGAAGCUUCAGUGUAGAAGAACUGAAUCUCAGAUUCACUUCUGUCCAAAAUCAUCUUCACUCAAACACAACUGCUCCCAUGAUAAUGAUGUGGGACUGGUGUGUUCUGAAAGUGUGAGGUUGGUGGAUGGUUUGAGUCGCUGUGCUGGGAGAGUGGAGGUUCUUCAUAAAGGACAGUGGGGAACAGUGUGUGAUGGUAACUGGGGUAUGAUAGAUGCUGCAGUGGUGUGUAGAGAGCUGGGCUGUGGAGAGGCUACAGAUGCACUUAGUGGUGCUUACUUUGGAUCAGGAUCAGGACCAAUCUGGAUGGAUAAUGUGGAGUGUAGAGAAUCAGAAUCCAUACUAAAGAACUGUAAAUCAGCAGGAUGGGGUAAACAUAACUGUAAUCAUCCUAAAGAUGCUGGAGUCAUCUGUUCAAGAGUCAGGCUGGUUGGAGGUUCUCACUGCUCUGGGAGAGUGGAGGUUCUUCAUGGAGAGAGCUGGGUCACAGUGUGUGAUUCUGACUUUAACCAGCAGGGUGCAGAGGUUGUGUGUCGAGAGCUGGGCUGUGGUUCUCCUGUGGAGGUUCUGGGAGCAGCUGCUUUUGGUAGAGUGGAGGGUCCGGUGUGGUCAGAGGAGCUUCAGUGUAGAGGCAGCGAAUCACAGAUUCACUUCUGUCCAAAAAUCAUCUUCACUCAAACACAACUGCUCCCAUGAUAAUGAUGUGGGACUGGCAUGUUCUGGUGACAAGCGAAGACUUGUUGGUGGUCCUCACGCAUGCUCUGGGAGAGUAUAGAAGCUUCAUCGGAAUUCUUGGCUUCCAGUGUGUGAUGCUGACUUUAACCAGCAGGAUGCAGAGGUUGUGUGCAGCUGGGAGCUGGGCUGUGGUUCUCCUGUGGAGGUUCUGGGAGCAGCUGCUUUUGGUAGAGCAGAGGGUCAGAUG